ACUUGUUCCAUAAAUACCAUCCCCUCAGUUGAAUGGAGGUUAUUUUAGAUCGUACAUGUGGCGUAAGGCCUUGAGUCCUCCUGCUUGUCUGGAACUAAGUGACACCACACUUUAGAGGCAGUGGCUGUAACUGAGUUCUUGAAAACACAGAAGUGGACAUGUCUGAGCGCACUGAACAGGAAUCAUACACAGACAAAAUCGAUGAGGAUGAGAUUCUGGCAGGCCUCUCGGCGGAGGAGCUCAAACAGCUCCAAAGUGAGAUGGACGACAUCGCUCCUGACGAGAGAGUGCCGGUGGGAUUGAGACAGAAAGACGCUUCUCAUGAGAUGACAGUCCGAGAUUGCACUGAGCCUGAAUCAGAAGAGGAGAUAGAUGAGGAUGAAAUUCUGGCAGGCCUCUCAGCAGAGGAGCUCAAGCAGCUCCAGAGCGAGAUGGAAGAAAUUGCUCCUGACGAGAGAGUGCCGGUGGGAAUGAGACAGAGAGACCAAACUGACAAACCACCCACUGGAUCAUUUGAUCACAGAUCGCUGGUGGAAUAUCUGUACUGGGAGAAAGAGUCCAAACGCAUGCUGGAGGAAGAGAGGGUUCCCACAACUCUAUUACCCAGUCAGAAAACAAAUGAGGAGCAUGAAGCAAAAAAUGAAGACAAAGUUGAAGAGCUGGAACUUGUCUAUGAGGAGAUUGUGGAGGAGGUUGAAGGGGGACAGGGAGAUGCUGUUGUUGAUGAAGUGAUUGAAGAAGUGAUAAUGGAAGUUGAGGAAGAGGACAAAGUAUGUGACAAGCCUGUCAAAACAGAUCUUGAUGCUACCGACCCCACAGUGACCUCAGAAGAUGGUUUACAGCGCCCUUCAGAGUCUGCAGAUGCAAAUGUUGAAGCUAAGACUGACCAAUCAGGACUUGACACAGAAACUAAAGUAAAUGAGGAGAAGAAAGAAGAUUCCACUGAACCUGCUCCCUCAUCAUAUGAAAAUUGGGUUCCAGAGAAAGAAGAAAGGGUCAUAUCCAAGCUAAAGAUCCCAAAACUUGCUCUAGGUGGCAACACUUUUGUUAAAAAGACUGCAAGGCCUUCUGGGAAUGAAACUAAUUUGGAGUCCACUCUGGAUAAAAUUCGCAACAACAAUCCCUCUGUCACAGACGUCAAUCUAAACAAUAUUGAAAACAUUCCAAAAGAAAUGCUCCUUGAUUACGUCAACUCCCUGAAGAAGAACCGACAUGUUAAGACCUUUAGCAUUGCAAACACUGGCGCAGAUGAAAAUGUAGCAUUCACUCUUGCUAACAUGCUUAAAGAGAACAGGAGUAUCACCACACUAAAUAUCGAAUCCAAUUUCAUCACAGGAAAAGGAAUUGUGGCAAUAAUACGUUGCCUGCAGUUCAACGAGACAUUAACUGAGCUUCGCUUCCACAAUCAAAGGCACAUGCUAGGACACCAUGCAGAAAUGGAGGUAUCUCGUCUCCUUAAGGCUAACAACACUCUUCUGAAGAUGGGUUACCAUUUUGAACUCCCUGGGCCCAGAAUGGUGGUCACCAAUCUCCUCACUAGGAACUUGGAUCGUCAACGGCAACAGAGAAUGGAGGAGCAGAAGCUCCAGCAAAUGAAAGAGCAGAGGAAGGUCAUGGAGAUGUACGAAGACUCUCUAAACUUGCCCCCUGGCAUGUUGGAAAUGUUGGGAGGCUACAUACCAUUGUCCCUCUUGCAGAAUUGUCAAAAUGGGGCUGAGGAUAUCCCUGAAGAUUCUCCUGAACCUUCACCACAACCAAGUCCACCUCACCAGCUGUGCAAAACCCAACAUCUUGCCCCACAACAGCAUCCUCCAAAUUUAAGUACAGGAAACCUCUUCGAAGAAGUACAGCUGAAAAAGACUCCAAAACGAAGAGAUCCACUUCUGGAAUGGAACCAAUGUGAUGAGAGGAAAGAUGGAAGACCCAAUGUUCAUCUAAGGAGCGUUCCUAAAAAAAGGAGCAUAGCAAGAGAAGGACCUGUGGAUGAAAGAGCAAACCUAAAAGACAUGAUUAAGACGUUAAAGCCAGUUCCGCGUAGGCGAGAGCCACCAAAGGUGGACUUAACACCCCGGGAUCACCUGCUCAGUGAGAUUCGACAGAGCAAUGUGGCCUAUCUCAAAGCAGUACCUCUUCCUAAAAUCCUGGAGUCACAGGAAACUAGUCUCUUUUGAGACACACACAUAACUUCAAAUAGAUUGCACAGUGGGACAGGGCCAACGUCAGACAGACCAUGGAGAGAAUGCGGCUCAUGUGGCCAAACAAUUCCAUGGUGCUCCUCAACUAAUGGAGAGAGAAGAGUGUACUUGUAUCAUUUGACCCAGGGGGUUGGGAAUGGAGAGGUAGCUGGUUAGGCUUGCUUGAAAGAGUGAACAGUUACAUAAGAAGAUGACACAACUUGAUGGGCACUUUGAGGGGGUGAAUAUCUGAACUGCAAAAUUCAGUCAAACAUAGAUCCAAUUCCAAUUCUAUUUCUGUACCCCUAGCCCUUGCUAAUUUUUUUACCCCUUGGUUUCGAAUAUGGUACUGAAAAAAAUCUCUGUUUGAAGGAGUACUUAGCCCUUCCCCUUAGCCCCUUUCACCUGAUGCUGCGUUUACACCAGACGUGGAAGAAGUCACCAGGUCACCAGACAGACAGAAGCAUUGCCCAAGAUGUGAAUUCACGUCUAUUGUGAAGGGGAUUUGACGUGCGAAUGAAGCACGUAAACUCAAAAUGGUAACGCGUCUAUUUACACGCAAAUAGUGUGAUUUAUCCACGCGUUCCGCAUCUGGUGUGAACACAGAAUAAGGAGAAUUGGGCUAAGUUGAAGGGCUUAGGGGUAGAAUUGGGAUCGGGCCAAAGGGUAAGCAUUUUAACCAUUUAUUUGCACAAUAACUGUGUUUUGGGGGUCUGAGAACUUUUAGGGCAAAAAAAAAGUUAAUUUUGUUGUUGUUUUUUUAUCGCCCUUUAGCAAGUUUUUUUAAUGCCAUUUUUGUCUCUGUGUUCACGAUGAAAGAACAAUUUGUGAAAAUGUUGAAGUCAUAUAAACGUAUGAGUGACUAAAAAAACUGCAAUUGACUACUGGACCAUGUGUGCAGGUGGGUAAAGUCAUUACCGGGAAGUAGCGGUUGGCUUGUAGUGUGAGGGCUGGUGGGUACAGUGAUACAAAUCAAUAAUUGUGUAACAUAAAAAAUAAAAAAUUCAUUAUAUCUA